UCUAACGGCUUGUGCACAGGAUGCUAACAAUCACAUCGUCCCUUUGGCGUUUGGAAUUUGUGAUACCGAGUCUAAAGCGUCUUGGGUUUGGUUUUUUUCAAAAGUGGCUGAAUCACUAACAUUUCGUGAGGAUAUGUACAUUAUAUCUGACAGGCAUGAAGGUAUACUCGGUGCUGCUAAACAGAUUUUCCCCCAUGCUGGCCAUGGCUAUUGUGUUGAGCACCUUCGGCGUAAUAUGGUAUCCAAAUUCAGGGGGAAUGCCACUGACUUAGGUUGGAAAUUCAAGGCUGCAUAUAACGCUUCAACAAUCAAGGAAUAUGAAGAGUAUAUGGCGCUGAUGGAUUCUCAAGACGUCCGCAUACGACCUUGGCUAGAAAAAAUUGGUCCUCAUAGAUGGGCAAAGUGUAUGAGUGGGUCACGGCGAUACGAUGUGAUGACCUCAAAUUGUGCAGAGUCAAUGAACAAUGUCAGUGUUUGUGCAAGGGAGUAUUCUGUUUCCAAACUUAUUGACUUUCUUAGGGAACGAAUGCAAAAGUGGUUUGUUGAAAGAAAGGAAAAAGCUGAAAAGACUCAAACUAUCUUGACAAAGAAACGGGAGAAGCAUCUGGUUGCACUUCAAAGUCAAGCUGCUAAGUUGAAGGUCAAGCCUACAUCAUAUUUUGAAUUUGAAGUUGUUGAUAGGCAUUGUCGCUGAUUUGUAGUUGACCUUCAGGCUCGAACAUGCACAUGUGGAGCGUUUCAACUUAAUCACUUUGUUUGUGUCCAUGCGGUUGCUGCCAUUGGUCUCCGCCCACGUGAAUCUUGUUAUGAUUACAUUUCCAAGUAUUACACACGACAAUUUUGGCUUUCCACAUGGAGCGGUGUUAUGCACCCUGUAUGUGAUAGAGAUUCUUGGGUGGUGCCUCCCCAUAUAGCCAGUAUUCGAUGUAAACCCCCAUCAUGUACGAAAAGACCCCCUGGUCGUCCGAGGAAGUCAAGGAUACCUUCAGUUGGUGAGCAUCGUGGGACAAAACGCCAAAGAUGUUCUAGGUGCCACAUCGUUGGUCAUAAUAAGAAGACUUGUCG